GUAAAAGAUAUUUACGUAAGCAAAAGAAAUGACUGAGCCCACUAGACCUGAAUUUGACAUCUUGGACUCAGAAGGACUUGAGUACCACCGUUGGGUUUCUGAUGUAGAAAUGACUUUUGUGGCUAAAGACUUCUCUGCCACACUUAAAGACCCCAGUGAAUUGAAAGAUGCACCAUCUGAAAAAGUGAAAGCAAAUGCUUUAAUGUUCCUAAGGCGACACAUUGACCCAAGUUUACGUUGGGAAUAUCUUCAGUUGAAAACCCCCAAAGAACUGUGGGAUGCCCUUAAGGGACGUUUUGGGAACAUUCAUGAUACUCUGCUCCCGGAACUAAAUGCGCAAUGGAAUGAAAUCCGUUUGCUAGACUAUAAACGGACAAAUGACUUUGUCAAAGAUAUGUUGCGUCUUAAGGCACGUCUCAUCUUUUGUGAUAAGCCAAUCACCGAAGAUGACAUGAUUCAAAAGACUCUUGACACAUCCCCUACCUCAUCCAUGAUACUAGCGAACCAGUAUAGGAUAGAGUAUGAAAACAAAAGAAUUACCACAUUCUACAAGUUGAUGAAUAUGCUGCAAUCAGCAGAAAAGCAUAAUGAAGUCCUUGUGAAUAACAAUGCUCGGCCUGUCGGGACAAAGAAAAUUCCUGAAGCCAAUUAUGGGAAAAUAAAACAUGGCAGGCAUCCCAAUGAAAAGGGACCUGGACGUGCCAACCCUUACCCACGAGGAAAUAACUCUAAUCGUGGGAAGGGUCGUGGUGGUCGUGGUAGAGGUCGUGGAGUAUCUUUCAAUGUUUGGCGAAGAGAGUCAAAUGAUGGACCAAGUGGCCACACAAACAAGAAGUCAAAUGCAUCCAAUCCUCAUGUGCUAAAGAAUGAGCCAUGUUACCGAUGUGGAGUUAGCGAACACUGGUACAAGCAUUGUCGCGCUAGUAACAAAGUUGCUGCCUGCUACAAGAAAUAUCUCCGAUCUCGAGAGCAUGAAUCUCAAUAUUUGGAUGAAGAAGGCAAUGACGUUGAUGUCAAUCUUACCCUUGCACACUUUACGAACAAGGGGGAUAAUGUGCACUCAAUGGAUGCACCUGAUUUUGAUUGAUACACUCUAUUCAUUCUCUCCAUGCAUGAUGUUUUAGAAUAAUUUCUUUUAUGUUUCUGCCAAUUUCCUAGGAGUGUUUCGAAGAUUAUUUAUUGCGUUUUUUUAGACUAUGUGGAAUUGUUUUAAAUUUGCAUUCAAUUUAAAUAAAUUAAGGGAUUUAUGCCCCUAUUUUUAUAUGCAUUAUGUGUUCCAGUUCUAUAUGCAAUUCUCUCAUUACACAGGCAUGAAUCGAGAAAGCGCAUCUUAGAGAAGUUUAAGGGUAAGAGUAGUGGACUGUAUAUCACUACAAUUCGAAUAAUUGAAUCUUAUUCUAUAAGUCAUGAUGACAUAAGGGAUACUGAACGAUAUAGACUUUGGCAUGAUCGACUAGGGCAUCCUGGUCGUGACAUGAUGAUUCG